AUGAAGGGCCUCUUUCUUUUCAGUGUCCUCUUCUGUCUGGUCCAAGUGAACUCAGGGGAUAUUCCACCUGGAAUCAGAGAUGUUAUCUGCCUUACGGAACAUGGAACCUGCAGACUUUUCUUCUGCCAUUUUGGUGAGAAAAAGGCGGAAAUAUGCUCCAACCCCUGGAAUAGGUGCUGCCUACCAGCUACUGAGGCAGAAGGAAAAAACAAACCAGAGACGUACAGCAAAAACUAA